CAGGAGUUAUUAAGAGCUGAGGAUGGACCACCGGCCGGCCGGCCCUGUCUUUCAAUAAGUAAGCCACUCCCGCUUUUGAUCUUCUGUUGGAAUUGCAGAACUGAGAGGGAGGAUGGAGCAGGCAGCGCUGGCCGUGGAUGUCGUUAAGGGGAAGGGACCGGUGCAGGGAGACGUGCCGUCAACGGAGAUGGAGGAGACACGGGAAGAAGCAUCAGGGAUAUGUCGCAGAUCAGAGAUGCUGCUCCGAGUGCUUCCCAUGGCUCUCAGCGUCGCCGCCCUCUUGGUGAUGCUGAAGAACCGCCAGAAUGCCGAUGACUUUGGCUCUGUUGCCUACACUGAUGUUGGUGGCUUCAGGUACCUUGUCUAUGCCAAUGGUCUGUGUGCGGUCUACUCGCUGGUCUCUGCCCUCUGCGUUGCGGUGCCGCGAAGUUCAAGCAAGUCCCGCAGUCGUUGGGCCUUCUUUCUUCUUGAUCAGGUGGUCACCUACCUCAUCCUGGCAGCAGGCACCGUCUGCACCGAGGUCAUCUAUCUGUCCUACAAUGGCGACCUGAAGAUAACAUGGGGAGAGGCCUGCACCACCUUCGGCACCUUCUGCAGAAAGGCAACCGCCUCCGUGGCCAUUACCUUCGCUGCCCUCCUCUGCUACAUCCUCCUCUCUCUCCUCUCCUCUCACCGUCUUUUCAGCACCUUCGCCGCUCCAUGCUCUGCUGCCUAUGCCGGACGGGUCGAGGCAGCGGCGUCUCCUUUCCCUGGCUAAACCAUCGGCGCCGAGAAUGAAAAUUCUCUUCUACCAAGCGCGCUCAACUAGCAAUAAUAUUGUUCAUAUAAUUAUAUCUAUGUGUUAUAUCAUAUGGUUAUCAGUCCGUGUAAUAUGCCUUCAAUAUCAUUUUCCUAAUGUUGUUUCGUAGCAUGAUGAGCAUGGGAGAGUAAGGUUUCGGCCCUUACCUGUGGUUUCAGAUUGAUGCCUUGUUGCUGCAAUCACCUUCUAGUGGACUUAUCCUAAUAUUGGCUGCAAUCUUAUUCGCCUUGGUUCUUUUA